GCUUUCCUUUGUUGUCAAAAUGGUGGACGUUCGUCAGUGAAGAGAGCGCUUGUUUCGGCCAAGAACGAGGUCUUUUCAGACCCCAGCAACUCACCAGAUGUCAAUGAUGGCAACCACCCAGGAAAAGAUCAAGAGCCUGUUCGCAGACCUUGGUAAACCCACGUUGCGCGGCGUCAAGAAAUGCCCGAAGUGCGGGACCCUCAACGGGACGCGCGGCCUGAGCUGCAAGAACAAGGAGUGCAACACCGUGUUCCGCGACAAGGUCCGCAAGUCGGGACACAGCGCGGACGCCGUGCGCAUCAUCACGGGGUCCACCGUGCAGGUGUUCUCGGUGCGCUUGCGCGACCGUGGGCCGGACUAUCGAGGAUUCGUCCAGUUGCCCCUAACAACCGAUGCAGACGGCAAUCCCACUCAGACUGAGGACGGAGCGGCGCUGAUCGCUGCGUCUGGCGCCGGGCGUUGUUUCGUCGAGACUUGUCAGAGAGUCCGACACGUUACCGAAGAGACCUGCCCCCACAUCAAGUUAGCCCUUUCCUGCGAGGCAGAAGCCACACCGCUCACCCUGAAAAACUCCGUUCUGAACUCCCUAAACAUAUCCAACGAAAUCAAGCAGGCUAUAUGGCUCCUGGCUACAGAAACAACAGGACCGCUCGUGCAACGAGUCACGAAAAACAUCAUGGUAGUGAAGUGCAAACCCGACCCGAGACAGCCGCUCGGUUUCCUGCACUUCUCGUUCAGCGACACGAGCCGGAAUCGCGACGCAGCGGAGCACAAGUUCCACUGCACGUGCCGGAUGUUCAAGACGGUGAAGAGUCAGGGCGUGUCGGAGCAGGCCAGGAGGUGUGUCCACUUCUACGCCUGCAUCUGCGCCUUCGCCAGCGAUGACAAGCUCACGGAGGAGUUCGCCUACUACAUAAACCUCGACAACCCAGGUGCAGCCCCAGACAAGACACUGGAGAUACUGGAGGUGUUAGAAGGGUCCCCCAAGAUAUCAAAGAAGAGAAAGAAAGACGACACAUUAGCCCAGGCCAGUAGUGCACUGCUAACAUUACAAGACAGCGGAAACAUUCCCACCAAGAAAACCCCCAUCAAGAAAACAGUUGCAGCGGCCAGUCCUCCGUGUGCUAAGAGACCUGCUACCACAGUAGACGAGACAGAGAUCUCUCUGUCCUUCCAGGAGUGGUUGGGGAGUGUGGUGGAGAGAAUCAACCAGACCAUGCAUUACCAGUUUGACGGUUACCCAGACCCGCUGGUGUUCCAUGUCCCGCAGCCGUUCUUUGACGCCCUGCAGCAGAGGAUUUCCGCGGGCUGCAAGAAGCGGCGCCUGCCCAACUCCACGGUGGCGUUUGUGCGGAAGGACGCCCUCCCGCUCGGCACCUUCUCCAAGUACACCUGGCACAUCACCAACAUCCUGCAUGUCAAACAGAUCUUCGACACUCCUAUGAUGCCCCUGGAGGUGACACGCAGCUUUGUGGAGAAUCGUGAUGGGACCUACGAGCCGUACGACGCCCCAAAAGUUGAAGUAGAAACGAUAGCUGAAGCGUACCGCAAGAUAGAAGGCCAACAAGCCAUCAAGCCGUUUGAACUGAAGACUUAUUUGAAAGUUGGGAACACGAGUCCCGACCAGAAGGAGCCCACCCCGUUUGUCAUCGAGUGGAUCCCGGACAUCCUGCCCAGGUGCAAGAUCGGCGAGCUGCGCAUCAAGUUUGAGUACGGCCACCAGCGGAACGGUCACAUGGAAGUACGCAGAACCCUCCCACUACCAGAAGUAGAGGCCAUCUUAUAAUACAAUAUCUAUUAGUAUACAUUAGGCCACACCAAUUUAAAUCAACUGGUUCUUGGAUUUGCCUGCUUAAUUUUUCUGAAAAAAGAAAUCAGCUCCAAAAGGCUCAUAUCUUGGCCCCAACAGUUGAAGAAGACAGUCCUUGUCUUCCCAGUUGUUACAGUUUUUCACAUCUAUCAAUGCGGCCACCAGCGCGAUGGACAAAUGGAAGUACGCAGAACCCUCCCCCUACCGGAAGUAGAGACCAUCUUAUAAUACAAUAUCUAUUAGUAUACAUUAGGCCACACCAAUUUAAAUCAACUGGUUCUUGGAUUCACCUGCUUAAUUUUUCUGAAAAAAGAAAUCAGCUCCAAAUGCUCAUAUCUUGGCCCCAACAGUUGCAGAAGACAAGGGAAGAAGACAGUCCUUGUCUUCCUAGUUGUAACAGUUUUUCAAGUCUAUCAAUGCGGCCACCAGCGCGACAGACACAUGGAAGUACGCAGGACCCUCCCCCUACCGGAAGUAGAGGCCAUCUUAUAAUACUGGUACCAGAUCUACACAUUAGGCCACACUAAUUAAAUU